CUUGGGAAACUAAUCCUCCAAGCGAGGAGGAAAGGAACACUCUGUCGCUGUCUCUCCCAACCAAGCAUGUUGGGGAAAAGCCCGGACGCCAAAGGUCAGGAUGCCAACGGGGAGGCCAGCUGCCUGGGGAGGCAGCGCUGCUGUUCCAGCAGCAGGACUGCGCCCUCCAACUCGCUGCUGGCUGCGUUCCUCCUCUCGCUGGUCUCCAUAGCUUCCUGUCUGUAUCUGGGGAUGAAGACCAGUGACCUUCAGGCCAGGGUCUCUGCCAUCGAGACCGCCCAAGGGGACAUAUCGGUUGCUGCCGCCGCCUACUAUCCGCUGACCGGCUCUUCUUUGGAUCAGCUGAAUUCACUGAUGCAGGAAAAACUGGAGCGACUACUGGCUCAGAAGUCCUAUGAGCAUAUGGCAAAAAUCAGAAUAGCAAGAGAAGCUCCUCCAGAAUGCAACUGCCCACCAGGUCCUCCUGGUAAACGAGGUAAGCGAGGAAGAAGAGGAGAGAUUGGACCUCCUGGUCAACCUGGUGCUCAAGGCCCACCUGGUCCAAAAGGCGAGAAGGGAGAUCAAGGUGAUCAGGGCCCUCGGAUGGUGUUUCCUAAAAUCAAUCAUGGGUUUCUCUCUGCUGAUCAGCAGCUCAUUAAACGCCGCCUCAUUAAGGGUGAUCAAGGACAAGCUGGACCCCCUGGACCUCCUGGGCCUCCAGGACCAAGGGGCCCUCCUGGAGAUACUGGCAAAGAUGGCCCCCGAGGAAUGCCUGGUGUACCGGGAGAGCCAGGAAAACCAGGUGAACAAGGCUUGGUGGGACCUCAGGGGCCCCCAGGACAAAAGGGCUCUCUUGGUGCACCUGGUGUUCCAGGAAUGGAUGGACAACAGGGUGAACCUGGUAUAAUGGGGGAGAGAGGAGCUCCUGGGCUUAAGGGUGAUCCUGGGCAGCAGGGAGAAAAGGGUGAUGCUGGAGAAAGUGGACCCAAAGGUGACUCAGGAGAAAAGGGUGACCCUGGAUCUUCUGCUGCUGGGAUUAAGGGAGAACCUGGAGAAUCAGGUCGACCAGGACAAAAGGGUGAACCUGGGCUCCCUGGACUUCCUGGAUUACCUGGGAUUAAGGGUGAACCAGGUUUCAUAGGUCCGCAGGGAGAACCUGGGUUACCAGGAUUGCCAGGAACAAAGGGUGAAAGGGGAGAAGUGGGGCCUCCUGGGAAAGGUGAACGAGGUGAGCCUGGAGCUCCAGGGCCAAAGGGGAGGUCAGGAGAAUCUGGAGCUAGAGGCCCAAAGGGGUCGAAGGGUGAUUCUGGAGACAAAGGAGAUUUGGGGGCAAUAGGCCCAAGGGGCCCACCUGGACAAAAAGGUGAUCAAGGUGCUACAGAAAUCAUCGAUUACAAUGGCAAUAUCCAUGAAGCUUUACAGAGGAUUACCACCCUAACUGUCACGGGUCCUCCAGGCCCACCUGGACCCCAAGGAUUGCAAGGGAUAAAGGGUGAACAAGGAUCCCCAGGAUUACCAGGUGCUGAUGGGGAGCAGGGACCUAAAGGCUCAAGGGGUGAUAUGGGUGACCCCGGAAUACCAGGUGAAAAAGGAGGAAUCGGACUUCCUGGAUUGCCAGGAUCCAAUGGCAUGAAGGGAGAAAAAGGAGAUGUUGGCUUGCCAGGUCCUCAAGGUCCCUCUAUCAUUGGACCACCAGGACCUCCGGGCCCACAUGGUCCCCCAGGGCCUAUGGGACCUCAUGGAUUACCAGGCCCAAAGGGUAUUGAUGGCCCAGUUGGUCCACAUGGUCUUGCAGGUCCAAAAGGAGACAGAGGCGAAAAGGGAGUUAUGGGAGACCCUGGACCUAGAGGACCAUAUGGAUUGCCUGGCAAAGAUGGCGAACCUGGCCUUGAUGGUUUCCCUGGUCCUCGCGGAGAAAAGGGUGAUGUAGGAGAAAAGGGAGAAAAGGGGGAAAAGGGAAAGAAAGGCAAAAAGGGGCCUAAAGGGGAGAAAGGAGAACAGGGUGCCCCGGGAUUAGAUGCACCUUGCCCAUUGGUACGUCUCACUCAUGUAUUGGAAAUGUCUCCUCUUACAGUAGAUAAUAUAGUAGGAUGUCGCAAAUAUAAGGAGGAACAAGCUACAGCUUUUGUGUAA